CCCCUCCUUGCACGCACACAUCACACACACACACACACACACACACACACACACACACACACCAUAUACGGACACAGAGACCGAGUCCUUCUCUCUGCCCGCUCGCACCCACUCCCCAGGAGCCGGGCUCUCCCUCGGCCAGAGUGUCCGGCGUGUGGCUACCCGUGGAGCGCGGAGCCGGAGCGGAGCGCCCGCAGGGCGAGGGAGAGGCGCGCGGAGGAGCGGCGGCCCGGGCACCCCGGGCUGCACCCUGCGCUCCCGGCAGCCGCGCCCGCCUGCGCCGGGGCUGGAGGGCGCCCAGCCGACCCCCCGCGCGCUCCCGAGGCCCCUGCCACCCCUAUGAGAGCAGAAGCCCAGCGAAGGAGCAGGACGCUCGGCGGCAGCAGCUGGACUCCUCUGCAAGCCCGGAGCGCCCCCUCCUCCCGCUCCCCUCCUCCAGCGCCCGGGCAGCGACAUGCAGCCGCCGCGCUCGGGCUGAGAGGGGAAGGGGCGGGCGCCACCCACCCGCUCGGAAUCCGCUCCCCGUGCCGGCGGCUGCGCGUCCCGGCCGUGGCCCCCGGGGCUCGGGAGUGAGCAGCAGCUGGAGCCGGAGCCGGAGCCGGAGGAGGAGGCAGCCGGCCCGCGGUUGGCCGGGCGGGGGAGGAGGGACGGGGCCGGAGGAGGGCGCGGGGGGCCGGGGAGGGGGCCCCGGCGGCGGAUGAAGAUGGCCAUGUCUCUCAUCCGAGCGUGCCGCAGCCUCGCUCUCUCAACAUGGCUGCUUUCCUUUUGUUUCGUGCAUCUGCUCUGCCUGGACUUCACCGUGGCCGAGAAGGAGGAAUGGUACACCGCCUUCGUGAACAUCACCUACGCCGAGCCGCCGCCGGAGCCCGGGGCGGGGGGCGGCGGCGCCGAGCUGCACACCGAGAAGACCGAGUGCGGGCGCUACGGCGAGCACUCGCCCAAGCAGGACGCCCGCGGCGAGGUGGUCAUGGCCAGCGCGGCCCACGACCGCCUGGCCUGCGACCCCGGCACCAAGUUCGCCGCCCCGGCCCACGGCAGGAACUGGAUCGCCCUCAUCCCCAAGGGCAACUGCUCGUACAGGGAAAAGAUCCGGAACGCCUUCCUGCAGAACGCCUCGGCCGUGGUCAUCUUCAACGUGGGCGCCAGCGCCAACGAGACCAUCACCAUGGCCCACCCAGGCGUAGAAGACAUCGUGGCGAUAAUGAUUCCUGAGCCCAAAGGGAAGGAGAUAGUGAGCCUGCUGGAAAGAAACAUCACCGUGACGAUGUACAUCACCAUCGGUACACGGAACUUGCAGAAAUACGUGAGCCGCACGUCAGUUGUGUUUGUCUCCAUCUCCUUCAUCGUCCUGAUGAUCAUUUCUCUCGCGUGGCUGGUCUUCUAUUAUAUCCAGAGGUUUCGAUAUGCAAAUGCCAGGGACAGGAACCAGCGCCGACUUGGAGAUGCAGCCAAGAAAGCAAUCAGUAAGCUCCAGGUCAGGACCAUCAAGAAGGGCGACAAGGAAACAGAGCCUGACUUUGACAACUGUGCAGUCUGUAUUGAAGGGUACAAGCCCAGCGAUGUGGUCCGGAUCUUGCCCUGCCGGCAUCUUUUCCACAAGUCCUGUGUUGACCCCUGGCUCCUAGACCAUCGCACCUGCCCCAUGUGCAAGAUGAACAUUCUUAAAGCCCUAGGGAUCCCGCCCAAUGCCGACUGCAUGGAUGACCUGCCCACCGACUACGAGGGGUCCCUGGGAGGCCCACCGACCAACCAGAUCACAGGUGCAAGCGACACGACUGUAAACGAAAGUUCAGUCACUUUGGACCCUGCUGUCCGGACUGUGGGAGCCUUGCAGGUAGUCCAGGAUACAGACCCCACCCCGCAGGAGGGAGAUGUUAUCUUUUCUACUAACAGUGAGCAGGAGCCAGCUGUCAGCAGUGACUCUGAUAUCUCGCUGAUUAUGGCAAUGGAGGUUGGACUAUCUGAUGUAGAACUUUCCACUGACCAGGACUGCGAAGAGGUGAAAUCGUGAGAUGGUGAACACAGAAGAAAGGGAUGGUAGGACCCAUGGGGAAGGGAGAGGAGGUGUGCCUGAGACUUGGACCAGGCACACACACCUCCAGAACACCUCAGCAUCAGCAGGGCGCUCUGCUCAAGAAUGGUCAUGAAAAGCAAUAUCCAAAGUCCAGUUGAUCGAAAUGCAGUUUCUCCGUCUCUACAACAGCCCACAGCCUCGACAGCUUGGAAGUACAAAGCCCUUGCAGACACAGAGGCCCCCAACACAGACUGAAAGGAUAAUUUUGGAGCUUCUGAGUGUUCAUUUCAGUUUUUCCUCAGUGUUGUUUUCUUGUUUUGGAAUUGUUGUUUGAUUUCCUUGGCAGAUUCUUUUUAAAGACUGUGUAUAGUUUCCUGUAGGUCCACUCCUUUGUUUUUCCUUCGAUCCACUCCAGCUUUUACAUGGAGCUGUGUUUCGAAGCACCCAUCCCUGCUGUGAUCAGUCCCUGUCAGUCUCUGAGACCUGAGACAGGAGGACCUUGACCUCUCAGCAUGAGUGUGCAUGGCUUUGGGAAGGGCCUCAGCACCCUGAAACAGAAGAAGGCCAGCUUUCGUUAGGAAUCUAAAUUCUUUUCAAUGGAUCUUAAUACUCCCAGCUGCCAGAGACCUCAACACUGAACUCUGAGUGUGCUGAGGCUGCUGCUCAUCCUUCUCAAUGACAUCACACUGGCUCCCAACUGCCAGGCUCUGUGCAGGGCCGUGGGACAUGAGAAGGAAGCUGUAGGGAGGCAGUUUAAUUUGUCUGGAUCUUACUUACAGUGCAGUGCGUGGCUGAAACUCUGAGCUCAGAAGACCCCUCCAGGCAUUAAGGUCCCUCUCAUUGGCUGUAGGACUCAUAGCUGGGACUGCAGGCCUGGUUU